GUAUUUGUCAAAAUAGCGACACUUUGAAUUUUUGUACGUCCAAAUUUUUGUAAAUCUACUGAAAAAUGGCCGAAGAGAGUGAUCUCCCCAAGCAAACAGACAUUUAUGACGAAGAAUUUCAUAACAAUUUGAAGCUAGCAAAAGCAAUGAUGGCAAAAAUUCCAACCGAAGCAGAAAAAAAUAUAUGUAAGAAAUGGAUCAUGAAGCUGAUGCAGCUGAAAUCCAAGGAACCUGCGGUCAAGAGAAAUAGGAAUUAUUUCUUCCGUUACUUAUUGAGCGUUAUGAAUAAAGGUACUUGGGGCGUUACAGGCACAGCAGAACACUACGGCUUUCCACAGUAUGACGCUAAGUUCGGCGAAGAAAGUGAAGCAACAGCCAAACAAUUCCUUUGUAGAUGGUCAGGGGACCGAAAAACGUACGUGGCGACUAAACCGAUACCAGGAAAGGGGGCGCUUGUAUAUAUGGCUGUCUCAAAAGAACCAAAAUUGGGUUGGGAUAAUCCACAAGAUCGGUCAGUGUGACGUUGGAUGUUAAAAAGGUCUAUAACUGCCGUUAAGUUGGGCAUAUAACUAUGCCUUAUUGUAAAUAUAUCCUAAAUGAUCUGUGUGAUUCAACAAAGAAAAUAUACUGCUCAAAAAAUAAAA